AUGGCCCCAGCGGCUUCUGCUUCAGGUCGCCUGGUAGGUGCUCUGGAUGCAGUGCUGGAUUCCAAUGCACGGGUCGCUCCAUUUCGAAUUCUGCUUCAAGUGCCUGGGUCCCAGGUUUAUUCUCCCAUAGCAUGUGGUGAGUUACUGAGUGGAUCAGACGUUUACUGGGCCAUAGCCACUGGUGCAACAUUAGAGGAAAUAAACCAGCACUGGGACUGGCUGGAGCAAAAUCUCCUCCAUACUUUGUCGGUCUUUGAUAAUAAAGAUGACAUUGCCAGCUUUGUCAAAGGGAAGGUAAAGGCUCUGAUUGCUGAGGAGACAAGUAGCAGGCUUGCUGAGCAGGAAGAAGAGCCGGAGAAGUUCCGAGAGGCCUUGGUAAAGUUCGAAGCCAGGUUCAACUUCCCAGAGGCGGAGAAGCUGGUCACCUAUUACUCCUGCUGCUGCUGGAAGGGCAGGGUUCCCCGCCAAGGCUGGCUGUACCUCAGCAUCAACCACCUCUGCUUCUACUCCUUCUUCCUGGGCAAGGAACUUAAACUUAUAGUCCCUUGGGUUGAUAUCCAGAAAUUAGAAAGAACGUCCAACGUUUUUCUGACGGACACCAUCCGAAUCACCACACAGAAUAAGGAGCGUGAUUUCUCCAUGUUCCUGAACCUUGAUGAGGUGUUCAAGAUCAUGGAGCAGCUGGCCGAUGUGACACUCCGAAGGCUGCUGGACAAUGAGGUCUUUGACCUGGACCCAGACCUGCAGGAGCCAAGCCAGAUCACCAAGAGGGACCUUGAAGCCAGAGCACAGAAUGAGUUCUUCCGGGCUUUCUUCAGGCUGCCGAGGCAAGAGAAGCUGCACGCAGUCGUGGACUGUUCGCUGUGGACGCCGUUCAGUCGCUGUCACACCGUCGGGCGGAUGUUCACAUCUGACCGUUACAUCUGCUUCGCCAGCAAGGAGGACGGCUGCUGUAAUGUCAUCCUCCCGCUCAGAGAGGUGGUGAGCAUUGAGAAGAUGGAGGACACAAGUCUGCUACCUAAUCCCGUCAUUGUCAGCAUCAGGAGCAAGAUGGCCUUCCAGUUCAUUGAGCUAAAGGACAGAGAUAGCUUGGUGGGGAGCCUGCUCGUGAGGCUGCAGCGGGUGCACGCCAACCACCCCGUGCAUUAUGACACCUCCCAAGAUGAAGACAUGCAGACUUCACCUGUGUUUCAUUCAACAAGCAUGUGCGGUGACCACAAGUUUGGAGAUCUUGAAAUGGUGUCCUCUCAAAAUAGUGAGGAAAGUGAAAAAGAGAAGAGCCCGCGCCUGCACCCCGAGGCCCUGAUAUCUGUCUUCCAGCAGUCGGGCAGCCAGAGCCCCGACUUGCGAAUGUCCAGGGAGCAGAUAAAAAUAAGCCUGUGGAAUGACCACUUUGUGGAAUAUGGCAGAACCGUGUGUAUGUUUCGCACAGAGAAGAUCCGGAAGCUUGUAGCCAUGGGGAUCCCUGAGUCUUUACGUGGCAAACUCUGGCUGCUUUUCUCAGAUGCCGUAACUGAUCUCGCCUCGCAUCCUGGUUACUAUGGUAAUCUGGUGGAGGAGUCCAUGGGAAAAUGUUGCCUGGUGACGGAGGAGAUAGAACGGGACCUGCACCGUUCCUUACCAGAGCACCCCGCCUUCCAAAAUGAAACCGGAAUUGCUGCUUUGAGGAGAGUCCUGACGGCUUAUGCCCACCGGAACCCUAAAAUUGGGUACUGCCAGUCCAUGAACAUCCUGACCUCCGUUUUGCUGCUGUAUGCCAAGGAGGAGGAGGCCUUCUGGCUGCUGGUUGCUGUGUGUGAGCGGAUGCUCCCCGACUACUUCAACCACCGAGUCAUUGGGGCCCAGGUAGACCAGUCAGUCUUUGAGGAGCUCAUCAAGGAGCACCUCCCCGAGCUGGCGGAGCACAUGAACGACCUCUCAGCCCUAGCGUCCAUCUCUCUCUCGUGGUUCCUGACUCUGUUCCUCAGCAUUAUGCCUCUGGAGAGCGCAGUGAGCGUUGUGGAUUGCUUCUUCUACGAUGGGAUCAAAGCCAUUUUCCAGCUGGGGCUGGCCGUGCUGGAAGCCAACGCUGAGGGCCUGUGCAGCAGCAAGGACGAUGGCCAGGCCCUCAUGGUCCUCAGCAGGUUUCUAGAUCACAUUAAGAAUGAGGACAGCCCUGGACCCUCAGUCGGCAGCCACCAUGCCUUUUUCUCUGAUGACCAGGAGCCCUACCCUGUGACUGACAUUGCCGACCUGAUCCGGGACUCCUAUGAGAAAUUUGGAGACCAGUCUGUGGAGCAGAUUGAGCACCUGCGCUGUAAGCACAGGAUCAGGGUUCUCCAAGGCCAUGAAGAUACCACAAAGCAGAAUGUGCUCCGCGUUGUUACCCCAGAAGUCUCCAUUCUUCCUGAAGACCUGGAAGAACUCUAUGACUUAUUCAAGAGAGAACACAUGAUGAGCUGCUACUGGGAGCAGCCCAGGCCGGUGGCCCCACGCCAUGACCCCAGCAGGCCCUAUGCAGAGCAGUACCGCAUAGACGUCCGGCAGUUUACACACCUGUUUCAGCUUGUCUCGCCCUGGACCUGUGGGGCCCACACGGAGAUCCUCGCUGAAAGGACUUUCAGGCUCCUGGAUGACAACAUGGAUCAUCUGAUCGAAUUCAGAGCAUUUGUGAGCUGUCUCGAUGUUAUGUAUAAUGGAGAAAUGAAUGAGAAAAUUAAGCUGUUAUAUAGACUUCAUAUCCCUCCAGCUCUCACUGAAAAUGAUCGAGACAGCCAGUCCCCAUUAAAGAAUCCUCUGUUGUCGACGUCAAGACCACUGGUUUUUGGGAAGUCAAAUGGUGAUGCAAUUGAUUGUCAGAAACAGCUGAAGCAGAUGAUUAAAGAUUUAGCCAAAGAAAAAGAUAAAACUGAGAAAGAGUUGCCCAAAAUGAGCCAGAGAGAAUUUAUCCAGUUCUGUAAAACUUUGUACAGUAUGUUCCAUGAAGAUCCAGAAGAAAACGAGUUGUAUCAAGCCAUUGCCACAGUAACCACUCUGCUGCUGCAGAUUGGGGAAGUGGGGCAGAGAAGUAGCAGCUCUGGAAGCUGCUCCCAGGAAGGUGGGGAGGAGCUGCGGGCUUCAGCUCUUUCUCCAGACCAGGACUCGGUUUUUGCAGACAACAACGCUGGGAAGACUCCCCAGGACUCCCGGACAUUUACUGAAGAGGUAGAAGGGGACUGGACUGUCUCCCUUGAACAUAUUUUAGCUUCACUUCUGACUGAACAGUCAUUAGUAAACUUUUUUGAAAAGCCACUGGACAUUAAAUCGAAACUUGAAAACGCCAAGAUCAAUCAGUACAGUCUCAAAACUUUUGAAAUGAGCCGCCAAUCACAGCCUGAACUCAAGCUGAAUAACGUGUAG